AUGUUAAGUUAUCCAUACCCGGAGGGGUACAUAGUGCCAAAGUUUAUCAAAUUUGAUGGCAAACAAGGAAAUGCUCGAGAACAUGUUGUUCGGUUCAUCGAGACUUUAGGGAUUCAUGGUUCAAAUCAUGUCCUCCGACUGAGAGAAUUCUCCAAGUCCCUCACCGACCGAGCAUAUAGUUGGUAUGUUAACUUGACCCCAAACUCCGUUCGAAGUUGGGAGGAGAUGGUCAACAAAUUCCACGCCAAAUUCUUUCAAGCGGCUGAGAAGGUAACUGCACUCACCGUAUGUAAGGAAAAACAACGGGAGGGUGAAGAUGUUCUCGAAUAUGUGAAAAGGUUCCAAGACAAAGCCGUGGACUGUCAUGAGACUGUGGAAGAAAGCUACUUGGUCCAAAUCUAUGUUGAAGGGGCAUUGAACGGGAACAAGAUGCUUCUUGUUAAUCACAAGCUGCCCACCUUCUUGGCACUAAUUGAAGCAUCUCGAAACAUCAACGUACCUCAAUCUCAGGAGUUCGGGUUCGAGACUAAUUAUAAAACUAGCUUCAAGUCAUCCCGAAGACCUUCUGUCACUGCAGCUUCUGCGUCUUCUACACGAAAGUCGCAAGGGGAGGAAUUCAAAGGUCAGAAGAGGAAAAACUGCGAAGAUGAUACUUCUUUUCCAUGUAGUGUUGAGAAGGUGAAGGCCUUAGUUGAAGAAAAAGUGGCAGACGGAAAACUGAAGUUACCUCGUAUCAAAGAGCUUUUGUCGAAGAAGGACCGCGAGGGUCUUAAUUAUUGUGUUUUCCACCGAUCACUAGGACAUGCUACAGAAAAGUGUCGAACACUUAAGAAGAUCUCUAGAAAGAAAUUUGAAGCAGAUGAGCUAGAGUUCAAAGAACAAGGGCCCUAG